AUGAUAACUAUACCGUCUCUCAAUUGGAGAGCCUUAUUCUUCAUUUCAAUAGGAUUACGAUUCUUCUUCGCUUUAUCGAACUCAUAUAUUCAUCCUGAUGAACAUUUCCAAUCAUUAGAAGUCUUAACUAAUAAAAUCUUAGGCUUCUCCACCACCAUUCCAUGGGAAUUCACAUCAGAUUCUCCAGCAAGAAGUCUUGGUCCAUUAUAUUUGUUCUAUGGCCCUUUACUAUACUUUAUCAAAUUAACUUCAUUACAAUUCACUCCAUUACAGAUCUGGUAUUUGAUCAGACUUCAGAAUGUUAUAAUUGGUUGGCUUAUAACUGAUUUUUGUUUACAUCGUUUAUUACCUACUAAACCAGAAAGAGUUAAGGCAAUAUUCUUUACACUGACGUCUUAUAUUACUUUAGUUUAUCAAUCUCAUUUAUUUUCAAAUAGUCUUGAGACUUACUUGUUAUUAAUAAGUAUCUUAAUCAUUGAUAAUUUACGAUCAACAAUUGAAUCAAAUCCUCAAUCUGAUCAAGAAAAAGCAGAGAAUGCAAAGAUAAAAGUAAAUCAAUUAUUCUGGUUAGGUGUGAUUAUAUCAAUUGGAAUAUUCAAUAGGGUCACAUUUCCUGCAUUUUUGAUCUUACCAUCAUUGUUCAUCUUACAAUAUAUAUGGAUUCAUAAACUUUCAAUCAUUAUCCUCGCUAUUGGGUUUAUCAUCCCAACCAUAUUAUUUAUUAUCAUCGAUACUUUAUCAUUUAAUACCAGCCUUGAAAUAACUGAUUUAACUUCAUUAGACCCAUCUCAAUACGUCAUAACGCCAAUUAAUAAUUUACUCUAUAAUGCAAACUAUGAUAAUUUAUCCCAACAUGGAAUUCAUCCCUUGUAUAAUCAUAUAAUCAUCAAUUUACCUCAGAUAUUAGGACCAUCAGGAUUGUUAUUCUUAUUUUUCAACCGCCAAUACUGGAAAACAACACCUUUUUUAAGUAUCAUUAGUGGAAUCAUUACCCUUUCAUUAAUACCUCAUCAAGAAUUAAGAUUUUUAAUCCCUAUUAUUCCAUUAGCUUGUUCAUGUUUUAAUCUUUAUGCCUUCAGUAAUGAGACAACUACUAAACCAAAUUGGAAAUCAUCAUUAUUGAUUAAUUCUUGGUAUCUUUUCAAUAUCAUCAUGGCUAUAAUUAUGGGUGUGUAUCAUCAAGGUGGGAUUGUGCCAGCAUUAGAUUACUUCCACACAUCUAGCAUCGCUACACCAUCAACUGUUAAUGACCAAUACAUCCAAAUUUGGUGGAGAACAUAUUCACCACCAACUUGGUUCUUAGGUGAUACCAAUGAAGAUUUACAAACUAUAACUUUAAACGAUGAGAAUUUCAAACAAGGUUAUAAUCUUGAUGAAAAUAAAUCAAAAGUGGUAUUCGAUACUAUGGGAAUUGAAUAUGAAUACUUACUUGAAUUGAUUAAUCAAUUGAAAUCCAACGACAUACCAAAAUCAAUCUAUUUAAUCACCCCAACUGCUACAUUCAAUUAUAAGCAUUUAUCAUCGGAUAAUGAAUAUAAAUUAGUGUGGGAUUAUCAUUAUCAUUUGGAUAUGGAUCAUUUAGAUUUCAAUGAUUUAAAUAGUUUAGUCCCAGGAUUAGGUAUAUAUGAAUUAGUUUAG